AUGCUGGAGUUCAUCCCACAGCGGAACACAAUGUCAGCUGAAUCCGUCGUACAGUGGCUGGAGAUUCUGUGUCUUGUCAGCAAAGUGUUUCAUUCCUUGUGCUUCCAAGAUUUGCCUGAGUACUUUGAGGAUAAUAUAAAACCAUGGAUGGAUGGGUACCUAGAAAUAAUGAAGAUGGAUUGUCCCAGCGUCACUUCCAGUGGUGGUGAACCUACUUAUCUUGAUGAACUAAAGAUGGAAGUUUGUGAAAUAUUCACGCUAUACGCGCAGCGAUUUGAAGAGGAAAUCAGCCCCUUCAUGCAGAAUAUCAUCCAGGCGGUAUGGCAACUUGUUGUGCAAACAAACAGUGAAACGAGAUACGACGGUAUGGUAUGUUCCGCUUUGGAGUUCCUCUCAAUUAUUUCUCAAAAGCCUCACUACGAAAGCUAUUUCGUUGGGGAAGGUGUAUUGCAAACCAUAGCACACUCUUCAGAAGAUGUAUGCGUAAAGAAUAUGCAGUUGCGACAAGAAGAUCUGGAGCAGUUUGAAGACGAACCUAUUGAGUUCAUGAAGAAGGACAUUGAAGGCACGGAUUCAUGUACGCGAAGACGGGGUGCGAUAGAACUUGUGCGAGCCCUUUGUCGUAAAUAUGAGCAACAGUUAGUGCCUAUCCUUGCGCAGCAGCGAAGUGUCAAUGUACUCUUUUAG